AUGAGGAACAAUGUCACAGAAUUUGUCCUCCUGGGCCUCACUCAGAAUCCUGAUGUGCAAAAAGCCUUGUUUGUCCUAUUUUCACUCAUCUACAUUGUGACAAUGGUGGGCAACCUGCUCAUCAUGGUGACCAUUAUUGCCAGUCCCUCCUUAGGGUCCCCAAUGUACUUCUUCCUUGCUUGCCUAUCACUCAUGGAUGCCGUGUAUUCCACUAAUGUUUCACCCAAGUUGAUUGUAGACUUACUCUGUGAGGUAAAGACGAUUUCCUUCCUUGCUUGCUUGGUCCAGAUCUUUACAGAGCACUUGCUUGGUGGUGCUGAGAUCUUCCUUCUGGUAAUGAUGGCCUAUGACCGCUAUGUGGCCAUCUGUAAACCAUUGCAUUAUGUGACCAUCAUGAAUCUGCGGGUUUGCUUUAUCCUGUUGGUGGUGGCCUGUACUGGAGGUUUUGCACACUCUGUGGUUCAGAUUGUCUUUGUGUACAAUCUUCCUUUCUGUGGCCCCAAAGUCAUCGAUCACUUUGCCUGUGACAUGUUCCCACUGUUGGAACUCGCGUGCACUGACACCUAUGUCAUAGGCCUCACAGUGGUUGCCAAUGGAGGCGCCAUCUGUAUGGCAGUCUUCAUCCUCCUUCUCAUCUCCUAUGGUGUCAUCCUGAAUCAUCUGAAGACUCACAGUCAGGAGGGGAGGCGCAAAGCCCUGUCCACCUGCAGCUCCCACAUCAUGGUGGUGGUGCUCUUUUUUGUUCCUUGUAUUUUCAUCUAUGUGCGACCUGUCUCCAACUUUCCCAUCGACAAGUCCCUCAGUGUCGUGUUUAUGAUCAUCACUCCUGUGCUGAACCCUUUGAUAUACACCUUGAGAAAUUCAGAGAUGAAAAAUGCUAUGAACAAACUCUGGUGUAGACAGUUAACCACGGGUGGAGGAGGCUUCAAUCUCCCACAGUGA